AUGAUACGGAACAGGUGCCAUACUGACCAUACUGACACAGCAUACAUGCCAGUACAGCACCCGGGUGCCACGGCAUGCCAGUACAGCACCUGGGUGCCACGGCAUGCCAGUACAGCAUCCGGGUGCCAGUACAGCACCCGGGUGCCACGGCAUGCCAGUACAGCACCCGGGUGCCACGGCAUGCCAGUACAGCACCUGGGUGCCACGGCAUGCCAGUACAGCACCCGGGUGCCACGGCAUGCCAGUACAGCACCCGGGUGCCACGGCAUGCCAGUACAGCACCCGGGUGCCACGGCAUGCCAGUACAGCACCCGGGUGCCACGGCAUGCCAGUACAGCACCUGGAUGCCACGGCAUGCCAGUACAGCACCCGGGUGCCACGGCAUGCCAGUACAGCACCCGGGUGCCACGGCAUGCCAGUACAGCACCCGGGUGCCACGGCAUGCCAGUACAGCACCUGGCACCCGGGUGCCACGGCAUGCCAGUACAGCACCCGGGUGCCACGGCAUGCCAGUACAGCACCCGGGUGCCACGGCAUGCCAGUACAGCACCCGGGUGCCACGGCAUGCCAGUACAGCACCCGGGUGCCACGGCAUGCCAGUACAGCACCCGGGGGCCACGGCAUGCCAGUACAGCACCCGGGGGCCACGGCAUGCCAGUACAGCACCCGGGUGCCACGGCAUGCCAGUACAGCACCCGGGUGCCACGGCAUGCCAGUACAGCACCCGGGGGCCACGGCAUGCCAGUACAGCACCCGGGGGCCACGGCAUGCCAGUACAGCACCCGGGGGCCACGGCAUGCCAGUACAGCACCCGGGGGCCACGGCAUGCCAGUACAGCACCCGGGGGCCACGGCAUGCCAGUACAGCACCCGGGGCCACGGCAUGCCAGUACAGCACCCGGGGCCACGGCAUGCCAGUACAGCACCCGGGGGCCACGGCAUGCCAGUACAGCACCCGGGGGCCACGGCAUGCCAGUACAGCACCCGGGGGCCACGGCAUGCCAGUACAGCACCCGGGGGCCACGGCAUGCCAGUACAGCACCCGGGGGCCACGGCAUGCCAGUACAGCACCCGGGGGCCACGGCAUGCCAGUACAGCACCCGGGGGCCACGGCAUGCCAGUACAGCACCCGGGGCCAGUACCACGGCAUGCCAGUACAGCACCCGGGGGCCACGGCAUGCCAGUACAGCACCCGGGGGCCACGGCAUGCCAGUACAGCACCCGGGGGCCACGGCAUGCCAGUACAGCACCCGGGGGCCACGGCAUGCCAGUACAGCACCCGGGGCCACGGCAUGCCAGUACAGCACCCGGGGGCCACGGCAUGCCAGUACAGCACCCGGGGGCCACGGCAUGCCAGUACAGCACCCGGGGGCCACGGCAUGCCAGUACAGCACCCGGGGGCCACGGCAUGCCAGUACAGCACCCGGGGGCCACGGCAUGCCAGUACAGCACCCGGGGGCCACGGCAUGCCAGUACAGCACCCGGGGGCCACGGCAUGCCAGUACAGCACCUGGGUGCCACGGCAUGCCAGUACAGCACCUGGGUGCCACGGCAUGCCAGUACAGCACCUGAUUACCAUUGUUAG